AUGGUAUCUGGAGAGAAAAGAAAUUGUGAAGGAGGAAAUUUGUUGGAUAAGACUGUAGCCAUAUUACUUGAUAUUGAAGGGACCACUACACCCAUUAGUUUUGUUAAGGAUGUACUUUUCCCUUAUGUUCGUGAAAAUUUAAAAUCUUAUGUCGAUUCUCAUUGGAACGAUGAAGAAUUUGCAGAAGAUUUAAAAGCAUUGAAACAACAGGCUAAAAAAGAUGAAGAAGAUAAAGUUGAAAAUUUAUGUUUAAUCGAAGAUGGGGAAAAAGAAAAGGAAACACUUAUUAAAAAUGUACUUUGGCAAAUGGAUCUCGAUAGGAAAACGACAGCAUUAAAACAAUUACAGGGUCACAUUUGGAGAGAAGGUUAUGAAAAAGGAAAAUUAAAGGGAAUCGUUUACAAUGACGUUUCACAAAUGUUAAAAAAAUGGUGUGAAAACGAUAAGAAAUUAUACAUAUAUUCAUCUGGGAGCGUUGAAGCUCAAAAACUAUUGUUUAAAAAUUCAGAAUCUGGAGAUCUUGAAACUUAUUUAAAUGGUCAUUUCGAUACUGAAAUAGGACCCAAAACGGAAGCUUCCAGUUACGUAAGCAUUGCCAAAGCCGUUGGACUUGACUGUAAUCAAAUCCUGUUUCUAACAGAUUCCAUAAAAGAAGCUGUUGCUGCUGACAAAGCGGGUAUGCAAGUCAACGUCGUCGUGAGAGAGGGUAACGUUCCACUCACGGACGAUGAGAAAAAAGCAUUCACGGUCGUGUCAAAUUUCAAUGACAUCGUUUUCGAGAGUAGCAAUAAGAAAAAGAAAUUGUGCGAAACGGGACAGGAAACUGAAAAAGUAGAAAACACAUGA